AUCCUGCAAACAAACAGCCCGAGUUGCACAGGAAUCUCUCUCUUUCAGUUUCACUUCGCAAUCUUCAUCUUUCACUGUUCAGGGAGGCUUGGACUUGACAGAGCGUUGUGGAGCCCUACAUUCCGACGCCAUUCUUCGUUUAAGUUCAGCAGCCAUGGCUGCUACUGCAACUUUUGCCCGUAGUGUGUUGUCGCAGUUUGUUGGCACGUCUGUUUCCACAGCAGCCAAGACAGUGUCCACCCGGGCAAUCUCUGCCUUCCCUAGGCAGGGGGUCAGGGCAGCUCCUCUUGGUCUAAGCCUGGAGCUGCCGUUCGCCGCUGGACAGCUGAGGCCUGCCGUUCUCUCCAGAAACUUCUCUCAAGUAAAGGCAGCCGCUCUGGAUGAGGAAUUUAGUGUGGGAACAGCAGAGGAGGCUGAUGCUGGCUUCGAUGCCGCACCCCCCGCUCCCGCUGCACCACCUCAGGGAACAAAGCUGUAUGUUGGCAACCUGCCCUGGAGUGUCGAUAGCGAGAGCCUGGCAGAACAUUUCCAGCAGGUUGGGAAUGUGGAUAUGGUUGAGGUCAUCUAUGACAGAGAAACCGGCAGGAGCAGAGGGUUUGCUUUCGUGACUUUCGCCACACAGGCUGAGGCAAAUGCUGCCAUUGAGCAGCUAGAUGGCACAGACUUGGGUGGCCGCUCCCUCAGAGUGAACUAUCCCAACCCUACCGGCACAAGGACUGAGAGGACUGAGAGGCCCCCCAGGCCCGCUGGUGCUGGUGGCGCCGGGGGCAGGAGGAACGACCCUAACAAGCUGUACGUUGGGAACCUGUCAUGGGGAAUGGACGACUUGGGCCUUGAGGAGCUUUUCGCAGAGUUCGGGGCUGUUAGUGACGCAAAGGUUGUCACAGACAGGGAUACGGGACGGUCAAGAGGGUUUGGUUUCGUCACCAUGUCAUCGGGUCAGGAGGUGAAGGAGGCUAUCACAGCACUUGACGGAGUGGAAGUGGACGGCCGUAUUCUUAGGGUGAACCAAGCUAACCAGGAGGGCGCCGGCGGUGGUGGCGGCCGUGGUGGCGGCGGCGGUUUCGGAGGUGGCCGCAGAGAAGGGGGCUAUGGAGGCGGCGGCGGUGGCGGUGGCGGCUAUGGGAGCAAUGACGGGUGGUAGGGGAUGAGAGCAAGGUCUAGAGCUUGGGGAAUCGUGACAUUUGUGUUCAGUAGACAUUUCGGAAGGUUCUGUUCCUGUCCACAUAGGUUUUGGUUACUCCUACGGGUUGGGUCUCACAAACGAGUGUUCUUAUCAGGAUAGGAAAUGUCUUUGCGCUCUGCUCUACAAGCAUAUGGAGCAUCUGAAAGCCUGCAGACUUGGGACAUGGUCUCCCGGGCUGCUGGUUGCUGCUCUUCCUCGCAGAGGGCCUUCCGAAGUGAGGUAUGAUACUGCGAUCAGCGUACAAAUCAGACAAGCGGCCUUUGGUUGUCACAAACAUUCAUUUCAGUAUCUUUCAAACCGAACGGUGUACACUGCAUCGACCCAGCUCAAGGUUGUUCAAUGAGCGGAAGUUUGACAUUUGAUCUGUUUAAAGUAAUUUGCGAUGACAAGCAAACUUAUUGGCAAAGAGCAGGCCCAUCCCCUCGCUUUGCGAGGAACUGACGCUCUGAUGUGUAUACGGUCCACUUGCGCACUGAAUAUGAUUAUUGUACUU